UACAUGGCAGUGAAUCACGAUUUGCUUUCUAUAUAAAGCGCACAUCGGCCAUCGAAGAUUUAUCAGUGCGAAUUACAACAACGUACGCUAACAACCACCUGAAGCGUCUUCGCUUAUCUAACAAUUUGUCGCGAUAAAACAUAGUCAAUUCUCUGGAAUAAAUAAUGUUUAAGCUCUUUUGUUUAAUUUUCGUGAUCGGGUGUGCGUUUGCCGAGCCACCGCCGAGUUAUCUGCCCCCUAAUCAGGGAUACCUUCCCCCUGGUAACGGUGGUCCACCAAGUGGUAGUUAUGGACCUCCAAGUGACACGUACGGCCCACCAAAUGGCGGCAAUGGCAACGGAAACAAACCACCACCAGUAUACGGCCCUCCAGAAGACGCCACCGAACCCGCAAAAUACUCUUUCGAAUGGGAAGUGAAUGAUCCAGAAAGUGGAAACGAAUACGGACAGAAAGAAGAACGUGAUGGUGAUAACACCGUCGGUUCCUACAAUGUCCUGCUUCCCGAUGGUAGGAAACAAAUUGUCGAAUACACCGUUGACAAGGACGGUUACCAUCCAGUCAUCAAAUACGAAGGAGAAGCGAAACCAAAUGGCAACGGUGGUGGAUAUCCAUCUGGCAAACCCAACGGCAAUGGAAACGGCGGUUACCGCUACUAAGUGAUACACCCUUAUACAUCUUCCCACAUCUUCGAAAAGAAUACCGACUUGUAAGUACAACAUUGUAGCGUUAGCUGAUGAACGUAAAACGGUUGACGAACAUUUAGCGUUGAAUUAAG